CUCAUAUCGUGAUGCCUAAUAGAACGUUCAUGGAUUGUAGGAGACCGGUCGUGAUUUUGGGUUCCUUCAUUCUCGCCUGUUUCGUGCUUUACAUCCACGCGCUUUUCCCGUGGACACCAUCAGGAGGAACAGUCAAUAUGGGAAGCAAACCGCCCGCAGCCAUUUUCAAGUUUGAAGCGGUGACGGAUGUCUUCAUGCAGUCUCAGCCCGGCACAAAUCCCAGCGACUUUGACAAUACAAAGCAGAACUUCGGCCUCAUCCAUCAGACGUACCCUACAGACCAGACAAGCGUGAGCGACGUGGACACGGACUGGCAACGGUUCAUGCGCUAUGUCCACUACCUCAAAGCUACAACCGGAGACCACAUUGACUACAAAGUACUCUACCUUGGACGGCAUGGAGAAGGCUUUCACAAUGUUGCCGAGGCAUAUUACGGCACCAAGGCCUGGGACGACUACUGGUCUAAGCUGGACGGCAAUGGAACGAUGAAUUGGCUGGAUGCUCACCUCACCGACGUUGGGAAGGAGCAAGCUCGUGCAGCUGGAGCGUUCAUGCAAGCUCAAUUGGUCCAGCCACGAAUGAUGCCAGCACCGGAAGGAUACUAUGUAUCGCCGAUGUAUCGCUGCUUGCAGACUGCCACGUUCACAUGGGGGAACCUAAAACUCCCGCCGAGUAAACCUUUCAAGCCUCUGAUCAAAGAGCUUGUGCGCGAAGUGCUCGGCGAGCACACAUGUGACAAACGAAGCACCCGCACUGCAAUACAUGAGGCAUUCCCUGAUUUCCCGAUCGAAGAAGGCUUUGCUGAGCAGGAUGAACUUUGGCGUGCCGACCACCGCGAGACGCACGAGGAGCACGAUGCCAGGACGCAGGCUUUGCUGGAUGAUCUGUUCACGAGCGAUGACAAGACCGUUCUGUCGCUCACCAGCCACAGCGGUACUAUUGCAAGCUUCCUGCGCGUUCUUGGCCACAGAGAAUUCAAGCUGCCCACUGGCGGCAUGAUCCCAGUGCUGAUCAAGGCAACGAGAUUGGACUGAGAGCUUCAUCAGCAAUCAGCGCACAGGACUUCGCGAAGAACAGCUCAGCAGAAGUCGGAGGCGGACCCGGGCCAAGGUCCUUGAGGUCUGGUGCAGAGCAAAGUGCAGCCGCAGUGUGAGCAAGGAGGGCCUUCGAAUGGGCCGUCAUGGUCAAUGGCUGC